AUGGCCAGUGACCAUCAGCCCAUCAUGUCCUUCAGGCCCAUCCUUUGUGUAGGAUCUUCAGCAAAAGACAUGGUUAUAAAUUGCAAUCUAGGUGGCCCACGGACACGCCGAAAGAAAACGGACGGUAGGAUGUUCGACGAGCCAAUGUCCCCUAGAGUAGGAUGCAUGGGCCAGAUCAAGAGAGAGAAGGGGGACCUCUCAGGAACCAAAGGCAACAAAUUCUACAAGCUCAAGAAGAUCUUAUCUGGGAAGACUUUUAGUCAAGAGUUCAGCGCGAAAUUCAACGGCCAUUACCGCCUCGUUAGCAUCAUUGACAUGGAUCCACCAUUGCCGGUCCCUAAACAUGCCAUCAGCAGCGGUUCUGAUCCUGUUAGCCUUUGGAUGAGGAGACGUGGCCGCCCAUUGAAGUGUCUCCAAAUCCAACAUCAGCAUCGCCAACGAUCUCAGACGUCCAACUAA